AUGACUGCAGUGGUGCCAAAAUUCAGGCAUUUCAAACUAUAUGUGGACCACAGUGACAUGUGGAGUGGGAUAGAGUUGGAUGAUGUACGCAUUAUAGGAUCACCAUCUCUGCCACCGGUUUUGUCACCAAGUAAACCUGAGAAAGGAACAGGGAACAUAGAUGAGUUUCCAGAAUUCUAUCAGGGCUUGCCAGUCAGUCCAAUGGGAAGAAAGACCAGAUCAAAAAUAAGGGCUAUGGAAGAGGCAGCAGCAGCAGCAUUCAAUGUCGAUGAUGAUGACACUGAUGAUAGUGGGUCAGAAUGGAUAGAUUCUGACAAUGAAGUUGGGAAGGAUGAUGAUGAUUUGUUUGAUGAAUGGGUGGAAUCAGAAGUGAAAGGAAAAGGAGGCAAGAAGAAGAGUUCAGAACAUGAGAGGGACAAUGAUUAUGAUUCAGAAGAGCUUGAUGUACCCGAUUCUGAGAAAGAACUUACUGAAUCAGAAAAGGAUGAAGAGGAUGACAAAAGUGCAGGGUCAAGCAAGAAGAAGAAAAAGAAGAAGGUUAAGCUGACCUUCUUCAAGGCUGAACAUAUGAAGGAUCCAAUGUUUCAGUUAGGAAUGGUGUUCCUUACAGUGGUUGAACUGAGAAAAGCAAUUCAAGAGUACAUUGUUGUUAACAGAGUUCAAAUACAAUAUGCUAAGAAUGACAAACAAAGGUUAAGGGCUCACUGUGCUGAUGAAGAUUGUCCAUGGUUUCUAUUUGCAGCACCUGACAGUAGAACUAGCAGCUUUGUGAUUAAGACCUAUGUAGGGACACACGCAUGCAACAGAGAAUGGGAGCUACAACGGUUUACUGCCAAGUACCUAGCUAAAAAGUAUCUAGAAGAAUUUAGGGCAGAUGACAAGAUGUCACUUAAACACUUUGUAAGAAAGGUGCAGUUUGAGUUCAACAUGACUCCAUCUAGGAGCAAGCUAGCUAGAGCAAGAAGAUUAGUUAUGAAGCAGAUCCUAGGUGAUGAAGUGAAACAGUACAAGUUGUUGUGGGAUUAUUCAGAGGAAGUUAGAAGGACCAAUCUUGGCAGCACCAUGCUACUGACAUUGAACAAUGGUUGCUUCAACAAGCUGUACAUGGCUUUAGAUGCAUUUGUUGAAGUAGAGGACACCCCAACAUGGACCUGGUUUCUUGGCUUAUUGAAGAAUGAUCUUGGGAUAGACAACACAACAGCUUGGACAGUGAUGAGUGAUAGGCAGAAAGGGUUGAUCAAUGCUGUCAAUGCUUUGUUUCCAGACUCACAACACAGAUUUUGUGUCAGGCACCUCUAUCAGAACUUUGCAAAAAAAAUGGAAAGGAGAGAAUUUCAAGAACAAGUUGUGGGCUAUUGCAAGGUCAACCACUGUUGCUGGACUAAAAACAUGGAUGAGAUGAAGGAAUUGAGCCAAGAAGCAUAUCAUUAUCUUGAGGCAAUUGACCCAAGUGCUUGGUGCAGGGCUUAUUUCCAUGAUUUCCCCAAGUGUGAUCUGCUUCUCAACAAUCAUUGUGAAGUAUUCAAUAGUUAUAUUCUUGAUGCUAGAGAGAUGCCUAUUCUGAGCAUGUUAGGGAAGAUAAAAACCCAGCUCAUGACAAGGUUUUAUAGCAAGAACAAAGAAUGUGAAGAGCGGUGUGGCCCCAUCUGUCCCAAUAUCAGAAAAAAACUGGACAAGCAAUCUAACAUGGCCAACAAUUGCUUUGCAUUACCUACUGGCAAAGGAAUUUUUCAAGUAACUAGGCUUGUUGGGCAGUACACAGUGGACAUGGUGAAGCAAGAGUGUACAUGCAGGAUGUGGCAGCUCACAGGAAUACCUUACAGGCAUGUCAUCUCAUGUCUAAGGCAUGAAAGAAUAAAUUUAGAAGAGAAAGUAUUUCCUUGCUACACUGUGGCUGCAUUCAAGAAAGCAUAUGCUCAGGUUAUAAUGCCAUGUAGAGACUAG